AUUGUUAAAGGUCGUAGAAUGUCAAGGGUGUUCUGUAGUGCAUUUCGUGAGAUUAGAAACUAAACUUUGGUACAUAUUACAAGCAUUUGUGUUAUGUUUGCAUAACGCCCGUGUUGUUAUCUUUUUGUGUGCUUGUUUACUCAGCACUACGACGAAAUUCUUUCUUUUCCCUGUUUCUCUUGCUGUCUGGCGCCGUGCUUCCAGCCGAGAGAGAUAGAAAAGAACUGCCUUGUAGGCAACAGUGGCGUCGACUGCUGUCUGUUUUUUUUUUUUUGACCGUGGGGUGAUUGAAAUCAGGUGAUGGAUAGUUUAAUAGCUAAUGCUGUCUCUACGCACGAGACUAUCUGACAGACGGAACCAGUUUCUGCACCUUGAGACACGUCCUGCUGCUUGCACAAGCGGUUGAGCAUCGACAGCUGCUGCGAUGUGAAAAUAGCCCACCCUUUCACUGGGGCUGUUUGCGUGACGUCGACGCCAGAAUGGGAUCUGUGACUCUCCAACAGCGAGGCCACAGCAGCUAUCAUGUCACCACACCCGACGAUGACAUGUGUGCUUUUGUUUGUGGUUGGGGUGCGGCCUUCGUGAACAUAAUCUGCACUUUUCCAAUGAACAAGGUGAUGUUUAGGCAGAUGCUCCAUGGUGUGCGUACCAACCAUGCCUUGGACCAGCUCCGCAGUGAAGGUUUUCGCCACCUCUACCGUGGUUGCCUGCCACCACUUGUUCAGAAGACCAUCUCGGUCUCCAUUAUGUUUGGCACAUUCAGUGGCUAUAGUCGCUUCACAAUUCAUCAUUUUCCCGAGGCGAACGAUCUCACCGUGAAGUUCCUUGCUGGCCUCAUGGCCGGUUCCACGGAGGCCAUACUCACUCCUUUGGAAAGGGUUCAAGCCUUGCUGCAAGACAAGGAACACCAUCACCGAUUCAAGAACACAGUUGAUGCCUUCAAAUUCCUGUCUCCGUAUGGCAUCAGAGAGUACUACAGGGGAUUGGUGCCCAUUCUUCUCCGAAAUGGUCCAAGCACGUUCAUGUUCUUUACCCUGAGGGAUGAAAUGGGACGCCUCGUGCCGAUGGACAAGAAGAUUCUCUGGCAGCGGACACUGUGCGACUUUCUGAGCGGUGCUAUGGUAGGCGCAUUUGUAAGCACUAUAUUCUAUCCUAUUAACGUUAUUAAAACGAUAAUCCAAGUGCAGUAUGGCCCUCCACGCCCUAGCAUGUUAACUGUCUUCAAGGAGACGUACGCAGAACGGAAGAGCCUUCGUAAAAUGUUCUAUGGUGUGCACCUUAACUACACACGGGCGCUAGUCUCGUGGGGCAUCAUCAAUGCAACGUAUGAGUUCUUAAGGACACAAUAUAUGCAUUAUGUUAGGAGCAGUCAUGGCAGUUGGUGAGCUUUUUGUAACCUAUUACGUCCUGUUCAAAACUUGGUGCUUUGUUUUAGCCAUGCAUCUGCUGUGAAAUUGUGCCCUAGAUUGGUCAGGGUACAUAAAGGAGCUUCGUCCUUAGGCAUGCUUAAAUUAUAGAAUAGCUUGCGUCAUUAGUUCACGUGUGUGCAUGUUUAUUGGAAGAAAAAGUGAUGCUCUUAUAGUUUUACAUAUAGUGGUGACUCUCAGUAUACAUUUUUAUUAUGAACAUUCAUGUCUUCUGGCAUGCUUCCUUGUAGAUACUUUUGUUUUGUUAUACUGUUGCUCUUUUAUGUGGCCAGAAUGCAAAAGUGCAUGUAGUGCUCAUGUGUGAGGCAUCAUAAAGAAGACUGCACAGACUUCGGAAGGUUGGACAUUCUUGUGUAUUUCAAUACAUUAUGCACUAUAAAUGAGGAGAUGCACAUUAUUCUGU